AGGACUUUGACCAAAGAAAAAUCAAAAAUAAAAAACAAAAGGACAUCUGCAGAGCCUUUGGGGAGAGAGAAAGUAGAGAGAGAAGGAGAGAAUUUGGAGAGAGAACGGUGGGGGAUUGUCUUUUUCCCUAAUUCCUUUUCUCUCCUCUGUUUUGCUGAGCUAAACGCAAACAGAGGAGAGAGAAAGUUCUCUCUCUUUUGUUCUGAGGCAAUUUUUUGGGUGCGGCGAGGAAGACAUUAGGGUUUCACAGGGAGAAGCCAUGAAUGUGAUGCGUCGUCUCAAGAGCAUUGCUUCCGGUCGCUCCUCAAUCUCCGAUCCGGGUGGGGAUUCUAGCACAAAGAGGGUGAAGGUUGAUCAAGAAGUAGAACGGAGGAUUAUUGGUAACUCACAUUCACUGGAGAAAAGUAAAAGUCUAGAGCAGCAUAUGGCUUCCACAUCACUGGAAACUGUCGCAAGCACAUCCACCUUAUCUUUUGCUAGAACUGAGAAAUCUGGGUAUGAUCAGCUCCCAAAAGAAAUGCAUGAAAUGAAGAUAAGGGAUGAUAGAGCUGACAACCAUGAUGAUAAGGAUUUUGAAGCCACUAUUAUUAAUGGCAAUGGAACAGAAGCAGGUCACAUAAUUGCAACUACAAUAGGCGGUCGUAAUGGACAACCAAAACAGACAAUCUCAUACAUGGCUGAGCGUGUGGUUGGCACAGGUUCAUUUGGCGUUGUCUUUCAGGCUAAGUGUCUGGAAUCAGCUGAAUUGGUUGCAAUAAAGAAGGUGCUGCAGGAUAAGAGAUACAAGAAUAGGGAACUCCAGAUUAUGCGUUUACUUGACCAUCCUAAUGUUGUUCAACUAAAACACUGUUUCUUUUCUACCACUGAGAAAGAUGAAUUGUACCUUAAUCUUGUCCUGGAGUAUAUAUCUGAAACAGUCUACCGAGUUUCAAAGCACUAUAGCAGGAUGAACCAACAUAUGCCCAUUCUCUAUGUUCAGCUGUAUACAUAUCAGAUUUGUCGUGCGCUUAAUUACAUUCACAAUGUUAUCGGAGUGUGUCAUCGCGACAUUAAGCCACAAAAUCUAUUGGUCAAUCCCCACACUCAUCAGCUAAAACUCUGUGAUUUUGGGAGUGCAAAGAUGUUGGUGCCAGGUGAACCAAACAUAUCAUAUAUUUGCUCACGGUACUAUAGGGCUCCAGAACUGAUCUUUGGGGCUACAGAAUACACAACUGCCAUUGAUAUGUGGUCUGUUGGUUGUGUCUUGGCCGAGCUACUUCUUGGACAUCCACUAUUUCCUGGUGAAAGUGGUGUUGAUCAGCUUGUGGAAAUCAUUAAGAUUUUGGGGACGCCGACGAGAGAAGAAAUUAAGUGCAUGAAUCCAAAUUACACUGAAUUCAAGUUUCCUCAAAUAAAAGCCCACCCUUGGCACAAGGUAUUUCACAAAAGAAUGCCCCCUGAAGCUGUGGAUCUUGUAUCGAGGCUGCUCCAAUACUCACCAAACAUACGUUGCAGUGCUUUGGAGGCAUGUGCACACCCAUUCUUUGAUGACUUGAGAGACCCAAAUGCGUGCUUGCCUAGUGGUCGACCGCUGCCUCCUUUGUUCAAUUUCACACCUCAAGAGCUGGUUGGUGCAUCUGUUGAAUUGCGUCAACGACUUGUUCCUGAGUACAUCAAAAAAUAAUUUUAUGAGCCAAGAUAUUGCAACUGUAGGCAGUGUAUAUGGGCUUUUGGAUGCUCAGUUGCCUGAACAAGCCAUGCUUCCUUCUCCAGUGACAGGGGUUGCCAUCCUUUGGCCUUCACUGAUGGGUUGUUUACAGAACGAUGCCUUAGAGAGAGUGCUGGCGAGUUAAUUUUUUUCCAUGGAUUUGCAGGAAGAGCAUUUAAUGUGUGUAGCCAAGGGUUUUGCUUGGUUCUGAUGUAGUAUCUGAUGCAUAGAAAGGGCUUUGCUCGAGGGUUCCAGUAUUAUGUGGCUCUGUGCUGUUAUCGUUAUUUGCCAGAACUGAGAAUGACCACGAUUAUGUUAUGCUGUAGUUAUAUUUAGUUUAUGGGCAUUUUCACACGCUGUGAUCAAGAACAGGAGUUUAGAUGUAUUAGGCCUCCCUUCAUUGUAUACUGUUCUAUUCACUUUUGUUAUUAUAGAGAAUUCAGGUUUCUGGAACAUUUGUCAA